AUGUCCCCAUUUUUCAGCCACAUGGGAGUGCUCGGCGAUGGCCGAGCUCCGCAGUGCAGGCUCCUGCACAGCCUGGGCUUUGUCGCCCUCUCGUGGCCGGAGCGGGUCUCGGCGGCGUCGGGGAAAUCUCGGAAACCCAGCGGGACCGGGUGUCUCGGGAGCGCGCCUCGGACAGAGGUACGCUUUGCGCGAGCCUUCCGCUUACCAGGGCGCCCUCAACGCCCACUGCGCUUGCGCAUCCGCUUCUGCCUCGAAGAUAGCACACGCUGCUUCAACGCCUACGGCGCAUGCGCCAUGAUUGGGAAAGAUCUGAAUUCCGAAACACGCCCAGCCCAGAUUCAGGGCAGUGUCCUGCUCCUGACCAUCUGUGCGGCUGGCAUUGGUGGGACUUUUCAAUUUGGCUACAACCUCUCCAUCAUCAGUGCCCCGACGUUGCCCAUCCAGGAAUUCAUCAAUGAGACAUGGCAGAUGCGUACUGGCCAGCCACUGCCCGACCACCUAGUUCUGCUUGUGUGGUCCCUCAUCGUGUCUCUGUACCCCCUGGGGGGCCUCUUUGGAGUACUGCUUGCUGGGCCCCUGGCCAUCAUAUUGGGAAGGAAGAAGUCCAUCCUGUUGAAUAAUAUCUUUGUGGUGGCCACAGUGACCCUGUUUGGCUUCAGCCACAGACUAGGCUCCUUUGAGAUGGUCAUGCUGGGAAGGCUGCUCUUGGGAGUCAGUGCAGGUGUGAGCAUGAAUGUCCAGCCCAUGUACCUAGGGGAAAGCGCCCCCAAGGAGCUCCGAGGAGCUGUGGCCAUGACCUCAGUCAUCUUCACUGCCCUAGGGAUUGUGAUAGGCCAGGUGGUUGGACUCAGGGAACUCCUGGGGGACCCACAGGCCUGGCACCUGCUGCUGGCCAGCUGCCUGGUGCCUGGGGUGCUCCAGCUUGCCUUCCUCCCUCUGCUUCCUGAGAGCCCACGCUACCUCCUCAUUGACCGUGGAGACAUGGAGGCCUGCCUGGCAGCGCUGCAGCGGCUGCGGGGCACCACGAAGGUGGCGGAGGAGUUGGCUGAGCUGGAAGAGGAGCGUAUCUUCUGCCAGGGCCGGCGCGCCCUGCGCCCAUGGGAGUUGUUCCAGGAUCGCGGGCUGCGGAGACAGGUGACAAGCCUCAUGGUCCUGGGCAGUGCCUUGGAGCUUUGCGGAACCAACUCGGUGUAUGCCUACGCCUCCUCCGUGUUCCGGCAGGCCGGGAUCCCCGAGGGGAAAGUCCAGUAUGCUAUCGUGGGGACUGGGAGCUGCAAGCUGCUCGUGGCCUGCGUCAGUUGUGCAGUGAUCGAGAUGGUGGGCCGCCGGAAGCUGCUGAUAGCGGGGUAUGGUCUGAUGGCCUGCUGUGGAAGUAUCUUUACAGUGGCCCUGUGCCUGCAGAGCCCCCUCCCCUGCAUGCCCUACCUGGCCAUGUUCUGCAUCUUUGCCCUCAUCCUCAGCUUUGGCCUUGACCCUGCCGGAGUGACAGGGAUUCUGGCCAUGGAGCUCUUUGACCAGAAGGCCCGGCCUGCUGCCUCUAUGGUCUGCCGGGUGCUCAUGUGGACCAUGCUCUUCCUGGUUGGGCUGGGGUUUCCCUUCAUCAUGGAGGGCUUGUCCCACUUUCUUUAUGUGCCUUUCCUGGGUGUUUGUGUCUGUGGGACCAUCUGUACUGGCUUCUUCCUUCCCAAGACCAAAGGCAAGACCUUCCUGGAGAUCUCUGAGGAACUUCACAGACUCAACUUCCCUAGGCAGAGCCAGGGCCCUGAGUGGCUGGGCCCGGAAGUCAUCCAGGCCACAGAGCUGUAGUUCUGUAGGUGUGGUGGGCCCCAGAUCCAGCGGCAGCUCUCUUCUUUGCUUCCUGCCCAGGGUCCCAGCCCUCUGCGUUCCCUCCUUCCUGCAUUCAUUUGUUUAAUGAGUGCCCGUGUAGCACCUACUGCAUGCAGGCUUGGUGCUAGGUGCUUAGCAAUCCGUGGUGAGCCAGAGAGAUGGGAUCAGGACCUACUGGUGCUCCCCAUCUAGAGACAGUUAACUAACAGGCAACCAAUCAAAACAUUAUUGCAAACUUGGAGAAAUGCAGUAGGAGAAAAUACAGAUUAUGAAGUGAGUGCAUACUAGGGAGCCUGGCCUAUCUGAGGAGGGUGGUCAGAAAAGAAUUUUCUGGGGGUACUUGGCUGACUUGGUCAGUAGAGCAUGCAAUUCUUAAUCUUGGGGUUGGAAAUUUGAGCCCCAUGUCAGGUGUAGAGAUUACUUAAAAAUAAAAUCUAAAAAAAAAUU